AUGAGGACACCAUUUGAGAUCGAGAGGAAUGCCUCUAUGUUUUACACUCGCACUGUCUUUCGUCAAGUUCAAAAUGAAAUGUACUUGUCUAUGGUUUCAUGUACUCAAAUUUCGAUCAGCACAUUCGACAAUGUUGAUGAGUGUCUUGUCAAAGAAUUUAUUAAUUACAUUCCUUCUAAUGCAAAUGCUUGUCAGCUUGAUCCAGAAGUUGAAAAUGAUGAUCAAUGGGAUAUACCUAUACGUGAGUCUACUUACAAGGAUAUCAUCCCCACAGAACUAUUGAAAAAGUGUUUUCGUUAUGCUGAUUCUGACGAGAAUACGCAAAGAGUUGCACUUGAUAUAUUUCAUACUGUUGAUAACUGUGUAUCUUCUCUCAGCAAUAAUCGCACCAAAUUGAAAGAAUACUUGGACGAAAUAAAGCAGCUUGAAGCAAAGUUCAUUUCCAAUUUCACAACUCAUGAAAAAGGAAACAAGAAUAAAGAGUUCGAAAAAACACUUGGUGUUACCAUUCCCACUAGUGUGGAUAUUCAAAAUCCUGGAGAAAUCCGCAACAAAGGAAGUGGUACUAAAAAAAGAAUGAAAAGUUUGAGAGAGGUGACAAUAGAAAAAUCAAAGGGUUCCAGAUGCAGUUAUUGUCGCAAUGGCAACGAUCAUGAUUGGCGAAAUUGCCCUGUAAGAAAAGAAGAUGAGAAGAACAACAUUUUCAAAGAACGUCAUGGGAAGAAGAAUUAA